AUGACGGACUGGACGUGGAAGACGGACUACGAUGCAGAUGCCAAAGACUACGAAAGCGCAAAGACAGUUGGUGACUGGUAUCAGCAAACUGGUAUCAACUCUGUUCAGUGGUCAUCCAACGAAGUCCAGGCACUAUUCAGAAAGUCAAACUCCAACACUACAGGUGAAACCAAUCAAGAUCCGUCCGGCGAAAAAGACGCCAAGGGAUCUGCCCCAAUAGCUGCAAUUGUCGGCGCAAUCAUCGGGUUUGCUCUCUUCUGCUUCGUCAGACGUCGGAAGCAGAAGACAACAGCGGAAGCAGCAACUACACUUGCUCCAUAUCCUGACCAUUCAAAGGGUGACGGAGCAUAUCAGGCUUACUACCACCCUGUGGCUCCAGGGGAGCUGCAUUCGGAUGUGCCACAAAAUGAGUUGUACGGUGGGUCGAUACCCGAGCACGAGAUGUGGGCAGAAGUACCGAAGCAUGAGAUGGGUGCCUCGGGAGUUCAUCAUUACACUGUUACUGAACUCGACUUCCACAACACUCUGUUGGGACACGGAGAUAGAGAUCACUCCAAAUUCAGACGUGAUCUGCAAUAA